AGGAUGCUCCACCCGAUUCAACAAUGUGACAUGACUGUUGCAAAUGAGUAUUUUGAUAUUUUGAGCUAUGCUAACAGACUCAUAGGACUGAGAAAGAGGUGGCUGUCUCUCUCCUUUCUACACUCAACAGGACACCUCACUCAUUCCUGAGCAUCACAUUUAAGAGAACUCUAGACAAGCUGAGAUGCAUCGUAGAGAGUCCCUUAAAAUUCUGGUGGCUUUCUAGAAGAUGACCAUAGAGGACCUUCCAGAUUUUCCAUUAGAAGGAAGUUCUUUGAUUGGAAGAUACCCAUUUUUAUUUCAAGGUUCUGAUACACCAGUUAUCUUUUCCAUUUCUGCAGCACCAAUGCCUUCAGACUGUGAGUUUUCUUUCUUUGAUCCUAAUGAUACAUCAUGCCAGGAAAUUCUCUUUGAUCCCAAAACUUCUGUAUCAGAAUUAUUUGCCAUUUUAAGACAGUGGGUUCCUCAGGUCCAGCAAAACAUUGAUGUUAUUGGAAAUGAGAUACUUAAGAGAGGUUGCAAUGUGAAUGACAGGGAUGGAUUGACAGAUAUGACUCUUUUACAUUACACUUGCAAAUCUGGAGCUCAUGGUAUUGGUGACGUUGAUACAGCUGUAAAAUUUGCAACUCAACUCAUUGAUCUGGGAGCAGAUGUGAGUUUGCGGAGUCGCUGGACAAAUAUGAAUGCUUUGCAUUAUGCUGCUUAUUUUGACGUCCCUGAGCUUAUAAGAGUGAUUCUGAAGACAUCCAAACCAAAAGAUGUGGAUGCCACCUGCAGUGACUUUAAUUUUGGAACAGCUCUGCAUAUUGCCGCAUAUAACUUGUGUGCAAGUACUGUGAAAUGCUUAUUGGAGCAUGGAGCCAAUCCUGCAUUUAGGAAUGACAAAGGGCAGAUCCCUGCCGACGUUGUCCCAGACCCAGUUGAGAUGCCCUUAGAAAUGGCCGAUGCUGCGGCAACUGCCAAAGAAAUCAAGCAGAUGCUGCUCGACGCGGUGCCUCUGUCCUGUGAUCUCUCAAAGCCUUUGCUUCCAAAUUACGAUCGGGUCACUAGCAAGGCGAUGCUGACGUCACUUGGCCUGAAGUUGGGGGACCGUGUUGUUAUUGCAGGACAGAAGGUUGGAACAUUAAGAUUUUGUGGAACAACUGAAUUUGCAAGUGGGCAGUGGGCUGGCAUUGAAUUGGAUGAACCAGAAGGAAAAAACAAUGGAAGUGUUGGGAAAGUCCAGUACUUUAAAUGUGCCCCCAAAUACGGUAUUUUUGCACCUCUUUCAAAGAUAAGCAAAGCAAAAGAUCGAAGGAAGAAUAUAGCACACACUCCUUCUACAAAAGCUGCACCUCUCAUCAGGGCCCAGAAAAUUGACAUAGCUCACGUAACAUCAAAAAUAAACACUGGAUUAAUGACAUCAAAAAGAGACAGUGCUUCAGAAUCAACACUUUCGUUGCCUCCUGGUGAAGACUUGAAAACUGGAACAGAGAAAGAUGCGACCUUUCUUGGAUCAAUCAGCAGCUCCUCCUCUACAUCGUCUCUGGAACACAAGCAGGGCCACCCCAAGAAGCUGAAUGCACGUGGCGGUAACAGGAAGACAGUGAGCAAAAGCCCUUCUGUCUCGUCUAGAGCCAGUGCUGGUUUGAAUUCCUCAGCAACAUCUGUAGCAAAUAAUACGCGUUGUGAAGGAGAGCUCCGCCUUGGGGAUAGGGUGUUGGUGGUAGGCCAGAGAAUCGGUACCGUUAAGUUCUUUGGGACAACAAACUUUGCUCCAGGAUAUUGGUACGGGAUAGAGCUUGAGAAGCCCCAUGGCAAGAACGAUGGUUCAGUUGGAGGUGUGCAGUAUUUUAGUUGUUCCCCAAGAUAUGGAAUAUUUGCUCCCCCAUCCAGGGUACAGAGAGUAACAGAUUCCCUGGAUACUCUUUCAGAAAUUUCUUCAAAUAAACAGAAUCAUUCUUAUCCUGGUUUUAGGAGAAGUUUCAGUACAACUUCUGCUUCUUCCCAUAAAGAGAUUAACAGAAGAAAUGCUUUUGCCAAGUCCAAGCCCGCUCUGCGCCGCAGCUGGAGCAGCAGCACCGCCGCCGGCGGCCUGGAGGGCGCCGUGAAGCUGCACGAGGGCUCCCAGGUCCUCCUCACCAGCUCCAACGAGAUGGGCACCGUUAGGUAUGUGGGCCCCACUGACUUUGCCGCGGGGAUCUGGCUGGGCCUGGAGCUUCGAAGCGCCAAGGGGAAGAAUGAUGGGGCAGUGGGAGAGAAGCGCUACUUCACGUGCAAGCCCAACCACGGGGUCCUCGUGCGGCCCAGCAGGGUGACCUACCGCGGGAUAAACGGGUCGAAGCUGGUGGACGAGUUGCUGAGUUAAACUUCUACAGUAUUGAAUGAGUACACAGACACACACACAGACACACACACACACACAUAUCUAUAUAUAAAGCAGACAUAAUAUAAAAUAGUCCAUAGCAAAUGGUUUACUUUAUUUAGCCAUUUAAAAUUUGACAGUAUAGCUAUCUUCAUAAAAACCAUUAUAACAAUUCAGAGAGACGUCUUUAAAAAGCUGGGAAUAUGAACUGGGGGAGCCAUCGUUCUCUUAAAACAAUUUUAAAAGCCUUUUUUUUUCUUUUAAAGUUUUUAAAGCUUUAGACCCAAGAAAAUUCUGAGGCUUGGGGGAAAAAACAUGCCAUUAGGUGACCCACUGAUGUUGCUUAUUUACUCUCAUUUUUGCACAGAAGACUGGAUUUUUUUCAUACGCCAUAAUUGUGGAAGUUUUCACUAGCUUUGGUUAAGACAAGCUUUUCCUGCCAAGUAUUUUUGGACUUUUUUUUUCCUUUGUACUAAUAAGUACAGUAAGAAAUAACAGCUGUGCAACUGGUGUAUUUUUCAUGUUUUGGGGUAGUUAUUUGCCCUCCUUCCAGGAAUGCCUCACCUAAAGAUACUUUAGAGCUGGGGGGUGGGUGGGCCUUUGAGGCUGUGGAGCUCAGUGUCUCGCCUGUUGCCAGGUUUUAAAGCCGUUCUUCCUCCCCGGGGUCACAAGAGCUGAUUAACAGCUAAGAGUAGUGCGGGGGACUCCUGACCUGUGGCUCAGGCGCGCUCCUCUGCACAGAGUGUGUCAUCGCAGUUUUUCUUCCGUGUUGGCGACUGCCUCAUCUGGACAGACUGAAGAAACCCAUGAUUAGGUUUAUGAAUUCAAGUUACAGUUAGAACUUUUUUGCACAUACUUAAUUGAUCUUCCUUAUUGGACGUACUUAUAAAACACACAUACACGAAGCACUUUUAAAAUAAAACAUGAUGCACUUUCCUCUUUGUGGAGAAUUUGCCAUCAUUUCCUCCUGGGGAUAUGAAAAACAAACAAAUUGUAUGUAGGAGAAGAGAGCAAAUUAAGAAGAAUGUGGUAGUUACUCGUUUAAAUGUUUAUGAUUUCUUGGUUUUUUUGUUUUAUUCAUAAAACUGAUGUUGUGUUUGCUAUUGUUGCUGCUUUUAUAUAUUCAGUUGUUGCAGAAUUCAGCCUGUGACAAAGCUGCGGAGCUGGAUCAUGUGUUUUCCUUUUGAGCACACAUUAACAGACUGAGCUCUGUAACAGAGUGAUGUAGUAAUGAAAAACAUUUGUGUUGUGAAUAUGUAUUGAAGUUUAUGUCUGACGUGUGUAAAGAUUUAUCUUUUAUUGUAGAUAUUUAGUCUUUAAACUACCACAGAAAUAUCAGAACAGUUUGCUUUAUAAGAUUAAAAGCAUCCUUCAGAAUGGAGCUUGCUUUGUGCUUGGAAAUAAUACACUGAACUAUUUUGCAAUAUACUAUUUAAAAUCUAAAUGCUGUUGCUUUGCUGCCUUUUAAAAUAUGAAAUUUCAAAUAUUGCUAGAGCUAUUUUCCUGAAGUAUGUUUGCAAAAUAAGGCUGCUUUAUAAUCAAGGAAUAUUUUUAUUGAUUGAAGAAAAUGACUGUACUGUGAUUCUAAAGUAAACUUAUUUUAUUAUACAGUUUAUUUCUUUAAAAACUCUAUUUAUACCUUACCAUGAAACCCAUGACUACACUGAACUGGGGUGUUCAUAGUUCUUCCUGUUAAGACCCCGUAUGUUAGAAACAGUAAUGCCAACACCGAAUUUAUUUUGAGGUCAGAGAACCAAUUGGUGGCAUAUUUAGACUAGGAUUAUAAAUCCAUGUACUGUGUAUUUUUCCCUAUGCUAUGCAUAAAAAUUAGGUGUUUUCAUUUGUGUUUUGCUUGUGUCAUUCAAAGAUCACUUCUUGAGCAUUAAUAAAAAGGGAAGCUGUUUCGGUUUGGAA